AAACUUUAUUGACAGUGAGGUGUUCAGGACUCAUCAACAUGGGGGCACGGGUUGCUCGAAUGUUCCAAAACUUUAACCUUGAAAACCGGGUUUUACGAGAGAUUUCCAAGGAGAAGCCGACCGCAGCGCCCCGACAUGCGGGGCCCGAGGGUGACCCGCGCGCCGGCAGGUCCGAGGUGGCGGAUUCGGUGAAUCGGAAGAACGAACCGCUGCUGGCCCACCUCCGGUCCGUGUACGUGGAGUCCACAGAUCCAGGAUCCGCGGCCACAGAGGCAUCGAAGCAACCAGCUGUGAGGAACAAAGCGGAGCGCAGGCCCCUCAGGGUUAGUUUUCCAGGCAGCAUGACGGAGCUCACGGACGUCCCCAAAGGCAAACUGACCAUCGCUGAGGCCGUCAAGGCCCUUGGCAGUUACCAACACCAGCCACAGACGUGGACGCCUGAAAACAUCGCUCAGGAAUAUUCUCUGGACUUGAAAGACGCUAAAGCCAUUUUAGACUUCUUCAUCCCCUUCAAGGUUGAGCUCAUUCCUCCCAAGAACAGAAGUGCCAAGCAGAUCAAGGCUUCAUAGGUCUGCAGCUGUGGUGAGCGGCGGUCAGCGGAGAAACUAUGACCUCAUCAUUUAUGUUCCUCAGCGUCUCGCAUCGGAAGGUUUUAAUGAACUUCACAAGCUGGGACACACUGAGAGGCUCUCUGACCUGAAGAUGUUACACGGGACAUUUCAAUGAGUUCAAACCAGAGGAUCAAGCCUGAAAUAAAACAGCUCAUAUUCAAGUUAAAGACACAGUAUGUGAUCCUGUCUAGAUACACUUUUAUUGGGUUAAUAAGAGACUUACGACACUCCCUGAACUCGCCGACACGCGGUCACGGUUCAUGAAGCCCUCAAAAGAUUGGAUUUGAACGGGUUCUGGCGGGAGACAGCAAAAAAACAUCCAUUUUUCCCGCAGUUCUCCCUCGGUGUUGACCAUGACUGAUUACUGAUUACUGCAGUCUUUAGGUGGGACAGCCAUAUUUUGAAAUAAAUUGUUGAAGCUGAAA